UUUUUGAGGUUUUUUUUCUGGUUGGCUCCAGAAAGGACAAAAACAGGCAAUCCAAAAGAAAGAGGGAGAGAAAAUAUAAACGCAAGUGCAAAGAAGAGUCAACGAGCACUGGCUGCCAUCCAGAGUCAAAGUUAAGGAAAAUAAAUAUUUUCAAGGCAAAGGAGUCACGACUUUUGGAUUUUUGUCUACAUUUUACGGAAGUUGCGCACGCGAACAUUACAUUUAUUGCAUAAGAGAUAAAAUAGGCAAUUACCAUGACAUCAGAAAUGCAGGAGAUUGCCAUCACAGAAGAAAACCCUUUACUGCCAGGUCAAUCUGACGCUGGGAAGGAAGCAGAGAUUGCAGCCAGGAUACUGUUGAACAAAGGCCAGGAACACAGUAUUGAGACCCCCAAUGGUUUGCUUCAUGUGACGCUUCAUGCCACUGGAAAUACACGUCGACCAGCUAUCCUGACCAUCCAUGACGUAGGAAUGGAGAGUAAAAGCUGUUUCUCCACUUUGUUCAAUUUUGAGGAGAUGCAGGAGAUUGUAAAGAACUUCACUGUGGUCCAUGUGGACAUUCCAGGACAAGAAGAGGGGGCAGCAGCUUAUCCUGCAGGAUAUCAGUAUCCGAACAUGGAUCAAAUUGCUGAUAUGCUUCCUGCUGUCCUACAAUAUUUCAAUUUCCGCACAGUUAUCGGUGUUGGUGUAGGAGCUGGAGCUUACAUUCUGUCUAAGUUCACUAUAAGUAAACCUGAUGUUGUGGAAGGUCUUGUUCUAAUCAAUGUUGACAUGAAUGCACGAGGUUGGAUGGACUGGGCUGCCCAUAAGCUCUCCAACCUGACGUCUUCCCUUCCUGACCAAAUUCUGAAUCAUCUCUUCAGUCAGGAAGAGAUGUCAGCAAAUACAGAGCUUAUUCAGUCUCACAAAGAAAGAAUCAUUAAAGCACCCAACCUCAACAACAUUGAACUCUUUUGGAAAAGUUACCUUGGGCGCGGAGAUCUGAACAUUGACAAAAACAACAGUUUCAAGUGUCCUGUUAUGUUGGUGGUUGGUGAUCAGGCACCCCAUGAGGAUGCUGUAGUGGAGUGCAACAGCAAACUAGAUCCAACUACAACCUCAUUCCUCAAGAUGGCCGAUGCUGGUGGUAUGCCACAGCUUACCCAGCCCAGUAAACUGACAGAAGCUUUCAAGUACUUCAUCCAGGGAAUGGGAUACAUGGCUUCAUCCUGCAUGACUCGUCUCUCUCGUUCACGCACCACUUCUCUAUCCUCCUCUUUCUCAAUGGAGGGGUCCCGUUCCCGAUCCCGGACGCUGUCCCAGGGCUCACUAGGUGGACAGUUCCCUCCAAACCCACCCGCUUCCACGGAGAUGUCUUGUUGAACCAGGGACGAGAGGGAUGGAUUGAUGCGUGUUUGAAAGUUUGAGUAAUUCGAUUGGUUGAAAGAGAUUUGCCAGGUUGGUUUAAGGAGAUAGUUAAUGAAUAAAAAUUAGUCCUCCUUUAAAGCUGGCAAAACAAAUUCUUUAUCAGUAUUUUUGUCUUAUUUUAGAAAAAAAAACUAUACAUUCAUACUUAAAAUCCACAUUAACUGUGUGUCUUGAAUGCAGGUUGAAUCUCAUUUUAUCUUUACAAAUAAACAUUUACUGUAGUGAGGCAUAUGGUGAAAUAAAAAAAUAACAUUCACCAGUGGAGUGAGAAAAAAAUAAGUUUAUUUUUUUAAAUAAUUAUUUGAAUGCAAGUCUGUAACCUUAUUUUACAUAGUGACUUUUAACUUUUAGGAGUGUUAAUAUGUUUUUCUUUUAAAACAAGAUGAAAAUACUGAUUAAGAAAAUUAUUUUUGUAGGGUACUAACUGGUCUGGUAUAUGAUAGAGCCCUUUAACCUCUGUAACAUGGGCAACACCUUUAGUGAGACCCAAACGUAGUGUUAAUCAAUUUUCAUAUUAGAAGUAUUAUAAUUUGUCAUGACAAUACUAAUAACCAAAAUGUUUUUAACAGUGUUUUUCAUAAUUACUCAUUACAUUUCUAAACAAAACCAUAUAGAAACAAGUAUAUAUAAGGUCAUAAUGUGUGUCUAUAUAAUGUUUUUCUUUUUUUGUUAUACAGUCCUGCUGCUGUGAAAGGGGUACUAUGUUUUUGUCUUUACUUGUGUGAUUAUAAGACUUUUGUGGGAAUCUUUUGUUUUAGGUUGAAGUAUUAGCCUUGGGCAGUUACAGCCACCUCAUGUCUUCCACUUGCCCUUACAUAUAAAUACAAUGCAAAACAACAGCAAAAUAUUGCAAUUGUAUUUUACCUUGAUUUGGUUGUGGUCCAUAUUUGCUUGUUCUGAAUUGCAUGCCCGAAUUGUAGACCAUGUUCAGUCUACAGUUUUUAAUCUUUUUUUGUUUGUUUUUGAAACUCUGUGUGUGUGUGUGUGCGUGCGUGCGUGCGUGCGUGCGUGCGUGUUAGAAAAAUAGACAAGAAAAGUGGAGCUUUUGUUCCAGAGGUGUCCAAAGGUUUUCCUCACGAAACUGUGUUCAGAAACCAUUUUACUUUCACAAUAUGAAAGUGACAAGAGGGUUUUACAGAUCAAAAUAUAGCCUGGUGGUUAGAGGGUAUUGGCUGAAAAGUAUCAUGAAUUUGAUUGUGUUAUAGGAAAAAUACAUUAUUGUACACAAUAAUACCAGGAACAUGUACUAAAGCAAAUAGGGUCAACUUGCAUUUCAUGAGGUGCUACAGUUGUUCUGCUAGCCAACGAGUGAUCAAUAAACCAAUAGUGUCAUAACCAAGUGAAUGCAUUGACAUGUAAACAUUGGCAAGCACUAAAAAUUCUAUGUUAAGGGUUGACAUGACAAUAAACAACAACAUAAAAAUUUAACAUUUUAAAGCCAAAAGUGCAUUUACAUGUAAACUAAAUGUAUUGAUUUGGGGUGCUACUUCACUUGACUGCCCAUAAGAAUAUUAUUUUCAUAGCCUAAAAUAAUUCUUAAAUAUAUUUAAGUAUGAACUUUAUCUCACUUUUCUUAUCUACAUCUUUCAAUGGCUUUUGAUUGUUACAUCUUAGCAAAUCUGAGCAUAGAUGGGUCAAAGACAAAACAAAAUGUUCUGUUUGCAUUGAAUUAAAUAGAAUAUUGUUAUGUAUACAUAAUAAUUACUAUACGUAGUAAUUUUAUAUAGAUAAAACAUUAAAUGCAAGUAAAGAGUCUGCUUUAAUGUAUAAAAAGGUUUAGUUAAAAAGUAUUGAAAGAACCAUGAAAUAUUAAACGUCCCAAAUACGCUUUUUUGUGAUGUCAUGCAGUGUAACAUGAUCAGGAAGCCAUUUAAAAAUCCUAUUAAUAGGUCAUUCAGCAGUCUGUGACAUCAAUUGCUGUUGUGCUGUGGCGAGGUCAGUUUAUUGUUCAUAGAUAUUUGAUCAUUUCACCUUUUCAUGGUGUGGUAACAUAAGAUACAAAACAAAUGUAAUGACAACAAACAUUGUCAUCCUUUACAUUAAAAGUAUUUCACUGUAUCAAUAACAAUUUUAACAUAUUUUAGAUUUUAGGUAAAUUAUGCAUGUUUAACACUGACAAAUAGUGAACCUUGUAAAUAUUAAAAUUGUAAUUCAUUUGUGUGGUUUUUAUUAAUGAUUCUGCAUUUUAGAUGUCCGUGAACAAACAGAGUUGCUAGGCACCAGCAAAAUGCACAUCCAGUACAGUAGGGUGGCACUUUUACAACAAGAAAGAUAUUGGAGAUAACAAUGCAAUGUUUCUAGACAACGAGUCCUUUCCAUGUGUCACUAAUUUAAGAGAUGCCAUGGAGGUGAUGUCAUUAAUGUUAGAACACAAAGUUUACAAUGCAAAAAAUGACUUUCUUACUUUUUGUCUUGUUUUUCGUAUUUUUGUUUUCAGUAGAAAUAUCUUAAAUUUCUUAAAUCAAGAUGAAUUUUCUUGAAAAGCAAAAUUACCUAAGAAAAUAAGUCUAGUUUUUAGACAAAAAACAACAAUUAAAUACAUUUGUGCUUAAACAAGCAAAAAUAUCUGCCAAUGGGGUGAGAAAUUUUUGCUUAAAUUAAGUGUUUUAGAAUAAAUAAAACUUAUUUUAACCUCCUAAGACCUUGACGUCUACAUAUGUGGACAUUACAUUUUUUUGUUGUUGGCACCAUAAUACAUAAUUCUGUGUAACUGUGUAACCUGUUUUACACAAACAUGGACAAAUACACAGCUUCAUGUUCUUAGGAAACAAUUUGGUUAUUAUAUUUAUUGGUUCUUCCUAACCCCAAAAUAGCUGGUAGAAAUCUGAAAAAAGACAAACCAAAAGCCUGGUCUUAAUAAUGGGUUAAAUUUUUUUCUCACCCUAUUGGCAGAUAUUUUUGCUUGUUUUAAGCACAAACUCACUUAAAUUUUAUAUUUUUGUCUAUAAACUAGACUUAUUUUCUUGUGUCAUCUUGCUCAUCAAGAAAAUACAUCUUAAUUGAAGAAUUUUUAGAUAUUUUUACCGAAAACAAGACAAAAAUACUUAGUAAGAAAGUCAUUUUUUUGCAGUGUAUAUCCAUGUCAGAAAUUUUUAUCAGAUAAAACGCUUCCUACUUUGUCAUUCAUUGCAAUAAUGGGAACAAUACCAAUGCUCUCCUUUUUUGACAAAACAUAAUUUGGGGAUUUUACAACAGAUUUAUGUAAAAAGUAAAAACAAACAUAUUCUGACCUGUCUUUCAUAAAAUAUAUAAAAAGAAUAGAUGAUCAUAUACAUUUUUUUAUUGAAUUUUUAUUAAUUUGCAGUUUCUUACAAAACUUUUUGCUAAGAAAUGUGUGAAACUUUUUCAAGUUUUAAGGAUAUUGGUAAAAUAUAAAGAUUUAAAUGUACAAUUAAUUAGUAUUUGGGGUCUACACUGUGAUCCAUAAAGGGGUAUUUUAAUAUGUCAUCAAAGGAUUGGGGAUUUUUGUUCAUACAUUUUUUUUCAGGACAUUUUGAGGUCUUUAAAGUUUUAUUAUUCUUUUUAAAGUUUGGAAACCCGUUUUCGUCUUUGACCCAGAUAUGUGACCUAGUUUGUAAAAACCCAGCUAAAGUCUUUUUUUAUUGAUUAACUGAUAUAAAUUGAUUUAUUGAAAUAAAGGUCAAACAUUGUAAUCAUAGUGAAAUCGAUUAGUUAAAUCAAACUAUGAUUCUCCUAAUCUCAUCAUUCGAUUAUUAUUAUUAUUAUCUCUGGUACACUGCUGGUCUUUAGGAGAAACAUCUGAGAAAAGGGGCUUAAGUAAAAAAUGUGUUUAAUCUCUAUAAAAUAUAACUGCAAUAAAAGAAUUACCUCAGUUUUUUAAUAGGACAUUAUUGAGCACAGUCUGCUUAAGAUUUAAGAAAAUGCAAGAAUAUCUUUACCUUUUUAGAUCAAUUCUAAUAUUAAUGUUACAAGUCAAUAUUUGCAUUUUUAAAGCACAACAAAUUUGGUAUUUAGUUGGUUGGCUGGUUGAAUUUCAAAAAGCAUCCACUUUAUAUUUCGUAAUCACAUUCUAUUAUCUUUAUAGAAGACAAAUGGUGUUUCCUAUAAUACACCUGUAACACUGUGGUUAUUUUUGGACAUGUACCAUUUUGGAUACCAUGGUAAUUUACUAGAUGGUAUUUCUAUUAUGGUAGCCUACCUCGAAAGUCAUUUUUUGUAAACCCCUCAAUUGCUUUGCCUGCAGCAUGUAGUGUUUGGUUUAAAACACUAUAAAGGAUGCCUCACAAUGCGUUUGCCUUUUUAUUAGCCAUCUUUUAGUUUAGAGUAACUUGAGAGCAAUAGUUCUGGGCUGGACAGUACAUUAAGCCAUGGUGAUGAAAAAUACUUGAGCCAUUGUGACUUGUACACAGAGAUUCAAUAGGAAUUGUGCAUUCGUAAAUAUGUAUAUCAGCUUCUGUAUAUCAAGUUCUGACAUGCCUGAACAUUAGUGUGCGUGUGUAGUGUUAACCCUCUAAAGCACAAUUUAAGGUACAAAGGUCAGAAAGCCUUUUAAUACUUUUAAUUUUAAGAACCUUUGGCAUCACUGUGAAGAACCCUUUGUAACACCUUUAAUUUUGUGUAACUGGCCCCUUCACUGCCUACAGGGUACAGCCUUGUAUUACUUAACCUAAUCAAAUAAGCUCUUCUGAUCAACAAACUAUUACAAAAGCAUAGCUAUUGUUAAACUCAACUUAAAAUGUAAAAAAUUUUAACCUUAUACUACAGAAAUAUUACUAAUACGCUUACUAAGGAAUCACACUUGCCAAGACCCCAAUUGAAUUUUAAUCACAUUCAGCAAAACACUGCCUUGAAAAAAAUCUGACAGAUCAGUUUAAAAAUAUCUUAAUCAAAAGGUUUUUUCAAUAGUACAAAUGUGAUAGAGAAUCUCUGUAGAAUGCAAUAAAUUCACAAAAAAAUGUAUUUAUUUUAAUCAUUUUUUUUUGUUUUGUUUCUUGGGACUUUUUGACUCGUGUCCAGAACCGUGACCCUUUCUUUCUUUUCAUGUUGGAUAUUUUUCAUGUCUUUUCAAUAUUAUGGAAAUGUUCAAUAGUAUGAUUAAGGUAAAAAAAAAUGCUGCAAACUGACUUGAUCCUCUACCAAAAAUGGAAAAAGAUUUUACCAAAAAUAAAUGGAAAACAGUAAAUAUUGUGAGAAUAAUGACAAUUUAAUGGAACAAUAAGGGAAAAUAAUGAAAAACAAAUGUAUUAGCUUGUCGUGUGUUGGGACACUGCGACUGUGAAUGCUUGUCCACUUAUAUAUCAGUUUUAUUUGUUUUUUUGACUUUAUUUAACACUAUCAUUUUUGUCUUUUUUGUGAAUUAGAUUUUUGUCUAAGUGUUCUCAUGGAUGACAUAUCAGUGUACUUUGUUCUUGUGUAAAGUUUUAGCGUUAGCACUAAAAAUAGUAAAUAAUAAGCAAACAAACAAAAAUGUAACUUAUAAUGCAUAAGAUGAAUAAUGACUAACAGAAUGUAAUCAAAACUAAAUGUGUGGAUAAUUUCUCUGUGUUAUACUAUAAACAACUGAAAAAAUAAACAGAUCAAAAUCA